CGUCCUGAAUCACAAAUGAGAUAACUAUGUACUAGAGCCCUAAAGUCCAAGCCCAAGCCCAACUAUAAGAGAAAAGCAACGAACAUAAAAGACCAACGACGUCGUUUCUAUCAUCUCCUUCACCUCGUUAUUAUUCAAUUUUCUCUCUGCAUUUCAAUUUUGAACUUCAAAUCUCCAAUCAUGGAAAAUUCAAAGGUUCAAGAGAUAAUAGAGAAACAAGUACUUACAGUAGCGAAAGCCGUGGAGGAGAAGCUAGAUGAUGAGAUCGCAGCACUAGAACGCCUCGAUGAAGACGAUCUAGAAGCUCUUAGAGAGAGACGUUUGCAACAGAUGAAAAAAAUGGCGGAGAAGCGUAACCGUUGGAUCUCUCUCGGUCAUGGCGAUUACUCUGAGAUUCUCGCUGAGAAGGACUUUUUCUCCAUUGUUAAAGCUAGUGAUCGUGUCGUUUGUCAUUUUUAUCGCGAUAAUUGGCCUUGCAAGGUGAUGGACAAACACAUGAGCAUAUUGGCAAAGCAGCACAUAGAGACACGUUUUGUCAAAAUUCAUGCUGAGAAAAGUCCAUUUUUGGCUGAGAGACUCAAGAUUGUCGUUCUUCCAACCCUUGCCCUCAUCAAGAAUGCCAAAGUGGAUGAUUAUGUGGUGGGGUUUGAUGAGCUUGGUGGAACGGAUGAGUUUAGCACAGAGGAUUUAGAGGAGAGGUUGGCUAAAGCUCAAGUCAUCUUCUUGGAGGGUGAAGCAUCUAAAUCUAGCACACAGAGCAGGAGGAGUGUGAGGCAAAGUAAAAGUCAUGAUUCUUCAGAUUCAGAGUAAAAUCUGCUAUUGGCGAAAGCUGCAACUAUUGUAUUUAUGUAUUGUUCAGAUAGUGAAAAGAUCUGUUGCCCUUUGCAUUCGACUCGGAGAUUGAAGUUUCACCUGAUAUAUUGAGGUGCUAUAUGAUUUUUGUGUUUUGA